GUAACACUGCCUUUUAAAAGUAAAAUGCAAAUGGCUACGUUUGUCUUCGUUUAGCAUUUUAGCUUUUGCGUGUAAUUUUACAAGUGAAAACAUGUGAAAUAUAAUAUACUUUCGAAUGUUAUUUACAACGAUUGGUGAUUAAACUUUAAGAACUAUUGUGUAAAAGGCAAAAAAGGUAGCAGCCAUGUCGCUGCCGCCGUAUUUGCUGGGUCCCAACCCCUGGGCCACUAUGAUGGCCCAGCAGCAGUUGGCGGCGGCUCAGCAAGCGGCAUUACAGGCGCAUGCAGCCGCCGCUGCUGCUGCACCACCAGUGCCCCCAGCUCAGCCGCCGAAGCCUCAUCAUAUACCAGAAGAAAAAAUAAAGGAAAAAACUACAAAAUGGCUCCAACUGCAGUCAAAACGUUUCGCCGAAAAGAGAAAGUUUGGUUUUGUCGAUGCACAAAAGGAAGAUAUGCCACCUGAACAUAUUAGAAAAAUUAUUCGGGACCAUGGCGACAUGACAAGCAGAAAAUACAGACAUGACAAACGUGUGUAUCUUGGUGCACUGAAAUACAUGCCCCAUGCUGUGAUGAAACUACUAGAAAAUAUGCCCAUGCCCUGGGAGCAAAUCAGAGAUGUAAAAGUACUAUAUCACAUUACUGGAGCUAUUACUUUUGUGAAUGAAAUUCCAUGGGUAAUAGAACCAGUGUACAUAGCGCAAUGGGGCACCAUGUGGAUUAUGAUGCGGCGUGAGAAGCGAGAUCGUAGACAUUUCAAAAGAAUGAGAUUUCCCCCAUUUGACGAUGAGGAACCUCCAUUGGACUAUGCAGACAAUAUUUUAGAUGUUGAACCCCUUGAGCCUAUUCAAAUAGAAUUAGACCCAGAUGAAGAUGGCGCUGUCGCUUCAUGGUUUUAUGACCACAAACCCCUACUAGGAACAGUUCAUGUCAAUGGAUCUACAUACAGAAAAUGGAAUUUGACACUACCCCAGAUGGCAACAUUGUAUAGACUUGCAAAUCAGUUGCUCACAGACUUAGUGGAUGAUAAUUAUUUCUAUCUAUUUGAUUCCAAGAGUUUCUUCACUGCUAAAGCUCUGAACAUGGCUAUUCCUGGAGGACCAAAGUUUGAGCCUCUAGUAAAGGACAAUUCUGCUGGAGAUGAGGAUUGGAAUGAAUUUAAUGACAUUAAUAAGAUUAUCAUUCGUCAACCAAUCAGAACUGAAUAUAGGAUUGCAUUUCCAUAUUUGUAUAAUAAUCUGCCACACUUUGUACAAUUGUCAUGGUAUCAUACACCAAAUGUGGUCUACAUUAAAACAGAAGAUCCAGACUUGCCAGCCUUCUACUUUGAUCCUCUUAUCAAUCCAAUUUCACACAGACAUACUGUGAAAUCUCUUGAUCCUGUGCCUGAUGAGGAAGAAUUUGUUUUACCAGAAGAAGUGACUCCCUUCUUGCAAGAGACUGCAUUAUACACAGAUAACACAGCAAAUGGCAUAGCUUUGUUAUGGGCACCAAGGCCAUUCAAUAUGAGAUCAGGACGUUGUCGUCGAGCCAUCGAUGUACCACUCGUAAAAACCUGGUACAAAGAACACUGUCCACCAGGGCAACCCGUGAAAGUACGAGUUUCGUAUCAGAAAUUGUUGAAAUAUUACGUACUAAAUGCACUCAAACAUCGUCCACCAAAGCCGCAGAAGAAGAGAUAUUUAUUCCGCUCCUUCAAAUCAACAAAAUUCUUUCAAACAACAACGCUUGACUGGGUGGAAGCUGGUCUCCAAGUGUGCAGACAGGGCUACAAUAUGCUUAACUUGCUCAUUCACAGAAAAAACCUUAAUUACCUACAUCUUGAUUAUAACUUUAACUUGAAGCCUGUCAAAACACUCACAACUAAAGAGAGAAAGAAGUCGCGAUUCGGAAAUGCAUUCCACUUGUGUCGAGAAAUACUCCGCCUUACGAAGCUGAUAGUGGACUCUCAUGUGCAAUACCGUCUUAACAAUGUGGACUCAUUCCAAUUGGCCGAUGGACUGCAAUACAUAUUUGCCCAUGUUGGUCAACUAACUGGCAUGUACCGGUAUAAAUACAAGCUCAUGAGACAGAUCAGGAUGUGCAAGGAUUUAAAACAUCUCAUCUAUUACAGAUUUAAUACUGGACCAGUGUCCAAGGGCCCUGGUUGCGGUUUCUGGGCGCCAGGUUGGCGGGUGUGGCUCUUCUUUAUGAGGGGUAUUACUCCCUUGCUAGAGAGGUGGCUUGGAAACUUGCUAUCUAGGCAAUUCGAAGGACGACAUUCAAAGGGUGUCGCAAAGACGGUGACCAAGCAGCGCGUCGAAUCUCACUUCGACCUGGAACUGCGCGCGUCCGUGAUGCACGACAUUGUGGAUAUGAUGCCGGAAGGUAUCAAGCAGAACAAGGCCAGGACUAUCCUGCAGCAUCUGUCUGAAGCAUGGCGCUGCUGGAAGGCGAAUAUACCUUGGAAGGUGCCAGGUCUGCCAACGCCAAUAGAGAACAUGAUUCUCCGCUAUGUCAAAAUGAAGGCAGACUGGUGGACGAACACGGCGCACUACAAUCGAGAGAGAAUACGGCGAGGUGCAACCGUAGACAAGACUGUGUGCAAGAAGAAUCUCGGGCGGCUCACUAGACUGUACCUGAAGGCGGAGCAGGAGCGUCAGCAUAACUAUCUAAAGGAUGGGCCUUACAUCUCGCCAGAGGAAGCCGUUGCCAUCUACACAACAACCGUGCAUUGGCUGGAGUCACGCCGUUUCGCUCCCAUCCCAUUCCCUCCCCUCUCGUACAAGCACGACACGAAACUGCUCAUAUUGGCGCUCGAGAGGCUGAAAGAAGCCUACAGCGUUAAGUCGCGGCUCAACCAGAGUCAGAGAGAGGAGCUGGGCCUGAUCGAGCAGGCGUAUGACAACCCGCACGAGGCGCUCUCGAGAAUCAAACGUCAUUUGCUCACCCAAAGAACGUUCAGAGAGGUGGGCAUAGAAUUCAUGGACCUCUAUUCGCAUCUCGUCCCAGUAUACGACGUGGAACCCCUCGAGAAGAUAACAGAUGCGUACCUGGACCAAUAUCUCUGGUAUGAAGCAGACAAACGUCGUCUGCUGCCGCCGUGGGUCAAACCGGCGGACACUGAGCCCUCGCCGCUGCUCGUGUAUAAGUGGUGUCAAGGUAUAAACAACUUGCAAGAUGUGUGGGAGGUCGGUGAAGGUGAAUGCAACGUGCUACUGGAGUCGCGCUUUGAAAAGUUGUAUGAGAAGAUAGAUCUCACGCUUCUAAACAGGCUGCUGCGUUUGAUAGUCGACCACAAUAUUGCUGACUAUAUGACCGCUAAGAAUAACGUCGUUAUUAAUUACAAGGACAUGAACCACACGAACUCGUACGGCAUCAUUCGAGGCCUGCAAUUCGCAUCGUUCAUAGUCCAGUACUACGGCCUGGUGCUGGACUUGCUGGUGCUGGGUCUGCAGCGCGCCAGCGAGAUGGCCGGCCCGCCGCAGCUGCCGAACGACUUCCUAGCGUACCAAGAUCGCAACGUGGAAACUGCGCAUCCGAUACGCCUGUACUGUAGAUACGUCGACCGGAUUCAUAUAUUCUUUAGAUUCACGGCCGAAGAGGCGCGCGAUCUAAUACAGCGGUACCUCACCGAGCACCCCGACCCCAACAAUGAGAACAUUGUCGGUUACAACAACAAGAAGUGCUGGCCCCGUGAUGCGAGGAUGAGACUCAUGAAACACGACGUUAACUUGGGUCGAGCAGUAUUCUGGGAUAUAAAGAACCGUCUGCCGCGCUCCGUAACCACAAUACAGUGGGAGAAUAGCUUUGUUUCUGUCUAUUCCAAGGACAAUCCCAAUUUGCUCUUUAAUAUGGCUGGAUUUGAGUGCAGAAUUCUACCAAAGUGUCGCAGUCAAAAUGAGGAACUGUCUCACCGGGAUGGUGUGUGGAACUUACAAAACGAGGUGACCAAGGAGAGAACGGCCCAAUGCUACUUGCGCGUCGACGAUGAGUCGCUAGCGAGGUUCCACAACCGCGUGCGUCAGAUACUCAUGGCGUCCGGGUCCACCACGUUCACGAAGAUCGUCAAUAAGUGGAACACGGCGCUUAUUGGACUGAUGACUUACUUCCGUGAAGCAGUCGUCAAUACCCAAGAGCUAUUAGAUCUGCUUGUUAAGUGUGAGAAUAAGAUUCAGACCCGUAUCAAGAUUGGUCUCAACUCAAAAAUGCCUUCCCGUUUCCCACCGGUAGUGUUCUAUACGCCCAAAGAGUUGGGUGGCUUGGGAAUGUUGUCUAUGGGGCAUGUGCUCAUUCCACAGUCGGACCUGCGCUGGUCGAAACAAACGGACGUCGGCAUCACGCACUUCCGCUCAGGCAUGUCCCACGACGAGGAUCAGCUGAUACCCAACCUGUACCGCUACAUCCAGCCCUGGGAGGCCGAGUUUGUGGACUCGCAGAGGGUCUGGGCGGAAUAUGCGCUCAAACGGCAGGAGGCCAACGCGCAGAACAGGCGUUUAACACUCGAAGACUUGGAAGACUCAUGGGAUAGAGGCAUUCCAAGAAUAAACACGCUGUUCCAGAAGGACAGGCACACGCUCGCGUACGAUAAGGGAUGGCGGAUUCGAACUGAGUUCAAACAGUAUCAGGUCCUAAAACAAAAUCCCUUCUGGUGGACGCACCAGCGCCACGACGGCAAGCUGUGGAACCUGAACAACUACAGGACGGACAUGAUACAAGCGCUCGGUGGUGUCGAGGGCAUCCUGGAGCAUACACUCUUCAAGGGAACAUACUUCCCCACGUGGGAGGGUUUGUUCUGGGAGAAGGCGUCAGGUUUCGAAGAAUCGAUGAAAUACAAGAAACUGACAAACGCCCAGCGAUCCGGUUUGAACCAAAUUCCGAACCGGCGAUUCACACUCUGGUGGUCGCCCACUAUCAACAGAGCCAACGUGUAUGUUGGUUUCCAGGUACAAUUAGAUUUGACGGGUAUUUUCAUGCAUGGCAAGAUUCCUACAUUGAAAAUCUCUCUCAUCCAAAUAUUCAGAGCUCACUUGUGGCAGAAGGUCCAUGAGUCUAUUGUUAUGGACUUGUGUCAGGUAUUUGAUCAAGAGCUAGAUGCACUCGAGAUCGAAACUGUGCAAAAGGAAACUAUUCACCCGCGUAAAUCUUACAAAAUGAACUCCUCCUGCGCCGACAUUCUCCUGUUCUCUGCAUACAAGUGGAAUGUGUCUCGGCCUUCGCUCCUGGCUGAUACGAAAGACACAAUGGACAACACAACGACGCAGAAGUACUGGCUCGACAUUCAGCUGCGCUGGGGCGACUACGACUCGCACGACAUCGAGCGAUACGCGAGGGCCAAGUUCCUCGACUACACAACUGACAACAUGUCAAUAUAUCCCUCGCCCACCGGGCUGCUCAUUGCUAUUGAUUUGGCGUAUAACUUGCACAGUGCAUACGGCAAUUGGUUCCCGGGAUGCAAGCCGCUAAUCCAGCAGGCGAUGGCCAAAAUAAUGAAGGCCAACCCCGCGCUGUACGUGUUGCGAGAGAGAAUACGCAAAGCCCUCCAGUUGUACUCGUCUGAACCGACUGAGCCCUACCUGUCCAGUCAGAAUUAUGGAGAGCUGUUCUCUAAUCAGAUUAUUUGGUUCGUAGACGACACAAACGUAUACCGUGUGACGAUCCACAAAACAUUCGAGGGUAAUCUUACAACGAAACCGAUAAACGGCGCCAUCUUUAUAUUCAACCCGCGUACGGGACAACUGUUUUUGAAGAUCAUUCACACGAGCGUGUGGGCCGGCCAGAAACGUCUAGGACAGCUCGCAAAAUGGAAAACGGCUGAAGAAGUGGCGGCGUUGAUUCGAUCGCUGCCAGUUGAAGAACAGCCAAAGCAGAUUAUCGUCACUAGAAAGGGAAUGUUGGAUCCACUUGAGGUGCAUUUACUCGACUUCCCGAACAUCGUGAUCAAGGGUUCCGAGUUACAACUGCCAUUCCAAGCCUGUCUGAAAGUGGAGAAGUUUGGUGACCUCAUCCUGAAGGCCACGGAGCCUCAGAUGGUGCUAUUCAACUUGUACGAUGAUUGGUUGAAGACUAUUUCAUCAUAUACAGCGUUCAGUCGUCUGAUCCUCAUACUGCGCGCGCUGCACGUGAAUACGGAGCGCACCAAGGUGCUGCUGAAGCCGGACAAGACGACGCUUACCGAGCCGCACCACAUCUGGCCGACGCUCAGCGACGACGACUGGAUCAAGGUCGAGGUGCAGCUCAAGGACUUGAUACUGGCCGACUAUGGGAAGAAGAACAACGUCAACGUGGCUUCGCUCACGCAGUCCGAGAUACGCGACAUCAUCCUCGGCAUGGAGAUAUCCGCGCCGUCGGCGCAACGUCAGCAGAUUGCCGAAAUCGAGAAGCAGAGCAAGGAGCAGAGUCAGUUGACCGCGACCACCACGCGCACGGUCAACAAGCACGGCGACGAGAUCAUCACCUCCACCACCAGCAAUUACGAGUCGCAGACUUUCAGUUCUAAAACGGAAUGGCGAGUGCGUGCUAUAUCCGCUACGAAUCUGCAUCUGCGUACAAAUCACAUCUACGUCAGCUCGGACGACAUCAAGGAGAGCGGGUACACCUACAUAUUACCAAAGAAUCUGCUCAAGAAGUUCGUUACAAUCUCCGAUUUGAGAGCACAGAUCGCGUGCUACCUGUACGGCACGUCGCCGGCGGACAACCCGCAGGUGCGCGAGGUGCACUGCGCCGUGCUGCCGCCGCAGUGGGGCACGCACCAGAGCGUGCACCUGCCGCGCCACCUGCCCAAGCACCCGGCGCUCGCACACCUGCAGCCGCUCGGCUGGAUGCACACGCAGCCCAACGAGCUGCCGCAGCUCUCGCCGCAGGACAUAACUGCGCACGCAAAAAUCAUGGCCGACAAUCCAUCCUGGGACGGAGAAAAGACGAUCAUCAUCACUUGCUCCUUCACGCCCGGCUCCUGCUCGCUCACAGCGUACAAACUCACCCCCAGUGGGUACGAGUGGGGUGUGAAGAAUACUGACAGGGGCAAUAACCCCAAGGGAUACUUGCCCAGCCACUACGAAAAGGUUCAAAUGUUGCUGUCUGAUAGAUUCCUUGGGUACUUCAUGGUGCCGUCGCAAGGCAGUUGGAAUUAUAACUUUAUGGGUGUGCGCCACGACCCGAACAUGAAGUACGGCGUGCAACUGGGCAACCCGCGCGAGUUCUACCACGAGGUGCACCGGCCGGCACACUUCAUGAACUUCGCGGCUAUGGAGGACGCCACGGCGCCCGCCAUCGCCGCCGACAGAGAGGACGUGUACGCUUAGGAUUAUAGGAUUAAAUACUACUAGGGUCGGCAGUUUUCUGUUUUGUUCUGGGUACUUAAUGGAAGAUAUUAUGUUAGACUAUUAUGUUGUCUAAUAUACGUUUGUAAUAAAGUUGAAGUCUAAGUUUACUUUGAUUUAAAUAUAGGUAGUAUUUGUCAAUAGUACAGCAACUCCACAUACCCUGCGUCUGAGAUUACAGUCCCUUGUUCAAUAGUUUGAAUGAUUUAUUUCAUUGGUUAGAAAAGACUGUAUCUUCCAUUAAUGACAUCUGCUUGUUUGAUAUAAUUUGAAUUGAAAACUGUAUAUAAUAUAAGAAUAAAUUGUUUCGUAUAUUGUG